AUUAAAAGAAAAGGCUUAUAUCUAGACUCUGUCUUUACAGAAGUGAAAGGAAAUUCAUUUGAAGUUUUGAGUUACUAUUAUAUAUGCUUAUGAAUCAGUUUCCCAGAAAUAUGAUGAUAUGCAGACAAUUUCGGGAAAUACUAUUUCAUUUUUCAAAAUUAAAUAUUUAUGGAUAAAAUUUAAAUAAGAAUUUUAUAUUUCCCAUCUCCCAUAAAUGUCAGAUGUAUUCGUAAAAAAUGUAAUUUUCAAAAUAGAAACUAAAGCGUUUCAUAAAAUGUUCCGAAAAAAAAGUAAUUAGUUUAACUGUCGCUGUAAUGACUGUUGUGAAAACUGUCAAAUGUCAAAAGUUGUCUAAGCUUGUCUCCUUUUUUUUUUUUUUUUUUUUUGUUGUUGUUGCUGUUUUUUCCCCUUAAGUGUUCUCUUAAUGUCUGAGUAUUUCUGCUCAAUCCAGUCGCCCUUUUUUUUUUUUUUUUUUAAAUGGCCAGUGAAAACUAAUAAAUAUGAGUAAUGCACUGACUGUUAAACACGUUAACGAAACAAUCAUAUUGCAUGAUAGCGGAAAAAUAUUACCUUAGUUUAAGAAUCUCCAAAAUUAUAACAUACAGUGUGCAUGAAUUUUUUUAUAUUUUCGUGAUGUUCUUUCUAAACUGCUCGUUCGCUGCAUGUGAUAUUUGCAAAAAUUCUUGGCUUCAUUUACAGCCCCUGAAAAUACCACUAAAGGAAAGUUUUGUAGAACAUUUAAAUUCAGCCGUAUUUAAUUUAUGACUCCAUGAAAGUAUUUGUGUUAAAGAAAAAUGGAGAUUAGUUCAGUCUCUACCGAAAUUUUCUGUAAAACCUAAGAUGGGAAAGUGCAAUCCUGUAACGAGAAUAAUACCAGCAUCAUUUGCAUGGAUUGUAUUAUUGUUUUCAACUGGAAUAUUUUUUGCUUUUCCAUGCUGGCACCUGAUGCUGGUCUACAGUAUUGGAAUUCCAGUAUUUCAAAGUAUCAUAACUUUUUUUGUAAUUGUGAAUUUUUCUUUGGCUACAUUUGUGAAUCCUGGUGUGAUCCCUAAGGCUGCAUCAGAUGAAUUAAAAGGAGAUGGUAUUGGAUCUCCAGCGUUUCAAGAAAUUGAAAUUCAAGGUGUUCGUGUUCGUUUAAAGUGGUGUGUUACUUGUCAGUUUUAUCGUCCCCCACGUUGUGUUCAUUGUGGUGUGUGUAAUACUUGCAUAGAGACAUUUGAUCAUCAUUGUCCGUGGGUGAAUAAUUGCAUUGGUCGACGGAAUUAUCGUUAUUUUUUCAUGUUUUUGUUUUGGCUAAGCAUUCAUAUGGUUUCUAUAUUAACAUUUUGUGCUCUUUACCUGAAGGAUCACAUAAACAAUCUAAAGCAGUUAGAAACUAUUAUGACGCUUGUUAUUGUAGGUAUUAUCAUAAUUCUUUUCAUCCCUAUUCUUGGAUUAACAGCAUAUCAUAUGAUGUUGAUAAUGCAAGGAAGGACUACCAAUGAACAGGUUACUGGAAAAUUUUUAGAUGGCCAAAGUCCGUACACUAGAGGAUGUUGUAAAAAUAUCAUGUAUAGUUUGUGUAAUAGUCCACUUCCUAGGUACAAAAAAGGAAAUUCAUUUUAUACAUCUGUAAAUCAAUAUUCUGGCAGAAAUUUGACAGAGCAGCCAGCUGUAACAGACAGUGAAUCUAAGAGUUCAGAAAAAACUUCGUCAGUACAUUUCAAGUUCGUUGAUCAAGCAGAUUACAUGCUGCCUAAACAAAGCAAAUCAGAUGAUUGUGAAGAAUCACCUCCUUCAUAUCUAAACAGAGGACGACUUCACUUAAGUCUUAGUGAAUCAUUAUAUGUAAAGCAUCCAGAUUCUUCUGUUAAAAACAGAGGAUCUCGUGCACUUACACCUCCUGUGCCAAUUAGAUUUGAUUGCUCAAGAAGAUCUUUACCCCCACAUAACAGACUUCAUGCUCCUUCUCCUCAUUAUGUAGUUGCUCAAUCAGUUCAUGGAACAGUAUUUCACACACAGAAAGAUGUUUCAAAAGUAGGUGCUUGUACAUCUGGUCAUUCUUCUAAUUCUACACUGUAUUACUCACAAAAUCAGAAUCCAGCACUAAUUAAGUAUGAUUACGGGACUUCUUCCACUGAUGGUUGUGGAGCAUCUUCAAAUUUUUAUUCAUAUCUUUAUAAGAGGAAAGAUAUUAUGGCAAAAGAAGAAGGGUUAUCUUUUACUUCUCCUGAAUCUUCAAGUAGCAGCAAAGCUUUAACAUCUGAUACUUGUUGUUUAGGUAAUCAGACUGUUGAUAAAUUACAAGAGCUUGCAAAUAGGACUAUGAUCAGUGGCCAGUGUACUGAAGUUUCUGUGCUUGAAGCAUUCCCUAAAGGCUGUAGUAGUUUUCAUAAUAGCCCAAGCAAAGAAUGCCAUGAUGUUCACCAGUUAUUGAUUGCUCAGACACCACAACAACUUUUUGUUAACAACUGUGUUGACUGCCAGCAGAGUUCUUCAAAUCAUUCUUGCCAAAGUAGUGUAUCUGGUGAAUUUGUACGUACACCAGGUAACAGGCCAUUAUCUUUUGUAAAGGCAAUGGAAAUGUCUGAAACAUUGGAAUGGAGUGCAAAUAAUCUCCAACAAUAUAAAAUUUCUGAAAAUGCUUUACAUUACAAAAUGCCUCAUGAUAUGCCAUCUAAUUAUAAACUGCAGUCUCCAAAUUCUAGCACUUUACAAGACAAUAAAGGUCAAAAAAAAGAACAUGAAAUAAGUUAUGAAAUUUCUGUAUAACAAAUUUAGUUAGAGUUUCUGUAUAACAAAUUAGUUAGAGAAUUCAUACUUUUAAUUAAAAUUAUGGCAAAAAUUUUAACAUUUUUGCCAUAAUUUUAAUUAAAAGUAUGAAUUAUCUCCUGUGCAGAAGUUUGAGAAGAUUUUUAUUAAUUUUUAGGCUAUAAAUAAUUUGAAAUUAUUGACAGAUUCAAAUUGUUCUUAUAAUUUAUCCAAUGGUAGCUGAUAUAAGAUGUCUACUAUCAUAAAUAAAUAAGCUGUAGGAAUUGCAAUACAGUUAUUAAUUUCUUAGGAAAUAUGUGUUCUUAUUAAAAAAUUAAUUCUAAUUAGUGAUAGAUAGCAUAAAGAGAUGUUCUUUGAUUAAUAGUUUUAAUUUUUAGCAGUUUGCAAUUCUUGUAUAAUAUCAAUAAUAUUUGAUAUAAGAUAUUUUAACAUUGUAAAUGGAUUUCAUGUAAAUUUGAUUGCAGAUCAAAUUUUAGUGCUUGAAGGAAUCUGGGAAACAUAAUUAAAUUUACUCAUUAUAAAGCAUUUGGUUAGGAAAUUAAUAUAGUUUAUAUAUUUUUAUUUUACAAUUUUUUGCUAUAUGAUUUUAUUUUUAAUCUUUUAGUCUUGAAAUAUAAACACUAAAAUUUUUGUGCCAUAAAGUUAUUAAUGCAUUUUUGUUUAAGUAAAUUUGAUAUAAUUUAUUACAUAGGUUUUAUGCAUAAAUAUAUAAGAAGCAGUUCAUGAUUUGACAAUUUUUUCAAAUUGAUCUUGUCACGUAGAUGAAUUUGAUUAACAUAUGUGUAUGUGUGUAUGUAUAUAUAUAUUACGCUAUAUUUUUAGCUAGUUUAUUUUAUUUUAUUUUAAAUCAAGAAUAGCAUAUGUAAUUGUAAGUAAAUGUGCAGUUUAGAUUUAUUUAUUCAAUAAAAGCAGCCUCAAGAGAAAUUACAAAGUGAAAAUACUGAAAAUGUAAGCAUGGAUUAAAAACUCAUAGGGUAAUGCUAUUUAUUUGAAAACAUGCAUAAUACAGGAUUCCAAAUUUUGUGAAAUAUCAAUUGAAAUUCUAAUAAAAAUGUAAACCUAAUCUCAGAAUUUUAAUAGCUUUAUCAUAUGAUAAAUGAAUUGAAUCAAUAGGUAAGCAAUAAAAACAAGAAAAUACAUUUAAUUUGUAAUGAAAACGCAGGAAUGAAUGAAUAAGAAAUAAAGUAAUUUAAAAUGCAUAAAAUGUUUGUGUAAUGAAAUUUGAUUAAAUAAUGUGCAUAAUUCCAGUGGAUUAAAAAAAAUAUAUGAAAUUUUGUUGCAAAAAAAAAUAAAUUAUUGAAUUAUUUUGUCAUUAUAGUUCUGUAAUACCUGUGAGGGUUCCAACUACUUAGCUAGCUCAGACUCAAUAAGGUGUUGUCUGGUCUGUGUAGUGAAUUAUCACCACCUGAAUAAUUAAUAAGCACUCAAACUGGCAACAGAAUUAAUACUUUUAAGUUUAUUCUACUUUAGUGCAUGUGAGUGCUUAAAUUAUACUAGACAAACUCAAUUUUACCAGCCAAUGUGGAGUUUUGACACAAAAACUUCCUUUCACAACAAGAAUCUUUCUAUACUUUUCUUUUUUUGGAAAAUAUUUUACACAAUUUUAUGUAAUAUCAUUAUUAUUUAUUGUAUUUUAAGUAUGAGAAAUAAUGGUUAACUUCUCUGUCUGAUUUUGAACUUCUUCCAUUCAUAUCAAAUACAUGCAUACAUGCAUGUUUGAAUAUCUAAAGAUUUUAUGUGAUUCCAGUUCAGGUUGUGAAAUAAGACUAUUUUGCUUAUACUGUAACAAUGCAUUCAUAACAUAUUAAAGUUUCCUAAAAUUGCAA